AUGCAGUUUGAACUCACAUUUCAACGGAUUUGCGCAUUUGUUUCCGUUAUCACUAAUUCUCUAUUGAUGUUCCUCAUUCUCGGAAAGUCACCACCUCAGUUAGGGACCUAUAAGUGGCUCAUGUUGUAUACAUCCUUAUAUGAGUUAGUUUAUACAUCAAUGAAUAUAUUUGUAGAACCAUCCACUGGUACAUUUCAAUCGUCUUGCUACAUGUUUCAAGAUAUGAAAAAGAGCAUGUUUGGUGCCGACGGGACAUUGUUUUUCAUAUUGAUUUACUGCUCAUGCUAUGGAUUUUCAAUGUCAAUUUUUGCUUGCCACUUUAUUUAUCGUUAUGGUAACGUUAACACAAUCUUCAAGCAAAAGUACAUAUCUGGUAAAAAACAUUUAUUCCUAUACAUUGCUCCAUUGUUGAGUGGAUUUGUUUGGGGACUGGUGACUUGGCUAACAAUGCACGAGUCUUCAUCGAAAACUAGUUUUUUGAAAAUUCAUUUCGAACAAGUUUUAAAAUUGAACAUUGAAGAGUGUGCAUACGUCGCUUUUUGGUUUUGGCCCGUUGAUGAACACGGAGAAUUUCAGCCUGAUUUAAUAUCCUUUCUAGGUUUUGGAAUUAUGAUUCUGAUUCUGAGUUGGUCGUUUAUCAGUGUCGUUUAUUUCGGUUUCAAUUGUUAUAAAUACAUCUCAAAACAAAUGGGAAGUUUAUCAUCGCAAUCGCAGGCUCUGAAAUCUCUUCAAGCUCAACUGUUCUACUCUUUAAUUUUCCAAACCGCAAUUCCCUGUGUUUUGAUGUAUCUGCCUGCUGGGAUUAUUUUAAGUGUUCCUAUGUUUAAUGUUGGUUUCAACUUGGAAGUUCCACUUCUUUCCAUCACUAUAGCAAUCUACCCGGCAAUCGAUCCACUUCCAACAAUUUUCAUAAUCAAAAGCUACAGAAGAGGGUUGAUUGAUAUGUUUCGGUGUCACAAGAAAACCCUGAUUGUAGCUAGUUCGUAA